AUGCCCACGACCAAGGACAUACAACGAGCUCUGGCUCGCAUCCGGGUGUUUCUGCCCGCCCGCAAGCAAGCGGCCAUGGAACGGCGCAACAUCAAGCUCGGGCUGGAGCGCAUCAGCCGGGUCGUUCCCGACGAGCAGAAAUGGACGGGCGUCCACGUCGGCGGCACAAACGGCAAAGGGUCGAUAUGCGCCCUGCUCGCCGGCAUGUUCAAGCUGUCGGGCAUCAGCCACGGCACGUACGUGUCGCCGGCGCUGCCGGAGCGUCACAACGCCAUCACCAUCAACGGCUCGUACGUGAACAAGCGCAUGUACGAGAUGGAGAUGGAGCACGUGCGGCAGGCUUACGAGCGCGUAGCCACCGGGUGGACGUUUGCGUCGGGCGAGGGCCUGGGCCACCUGACGCCGUUCGAGCUGGAGACGGCCGCCGCGUUCCGGGUGCUCAACAAGAUGAACGUCAAGUACGGCAUCGUCGAGGUGGGCAUGGGCGGCGCGACCGACGCCACCAACGCCAUGCGGGACAAGGCCGUCACCGUCAUCUCCAAGAUCGGCCUCGACCACCAGGAGUACCUGGGCGACACCAUGGGCGAGAUCGCCAGGGUCAAGGCGGGCAUCAUGCGCACCGGCGUGCCGUGCGUCGUCGACGGCACGAACCCCCCGGCCGUGCUGGACGUGCUUCGCGAGCACGCGCACUCGAUCGGGACGGACAUCCACCUGGCGUCGCGGGCGCUGCCGCUGGUGCGGGACGUCGAUCGCCAGAGGUUCCCGCUGCAGGACUACGAGCAGCAGAACCUGCUCUGCGCGCGGCUCGCCUUUGCCAAGCUGUUCCCCCACCUGCACAUCGACGUCAACAAGCUGCUCGCGCUGAAGCCGCAGCUGCCGGGGCGCAUGGAGCGGGUCCGCGUGACGGGGCUGACCGAGGGGGCGCGGGAGGCGCCCAUCCUGGUGGACGGGGCUCACAACGUGCUCGGCGUCGAGGCCUUGGCGGCCUAUGUCGACGGCACCCUCCGCGAGCAGGGCGAGCCCGUGUCCUGGGUCAUGGGGCUCUCGGCGAGCAAGUCGAAGCCCUUUGCCAGGAUGGUGGAGGCGCUGGUCCGGCCCCAGGACAGCCUCGCGUUCGUGGAAUACACCCAGGGACCCAACGACCCGCCGCCCGUGCCGGCGGAGCUCGGUCGCGAGAUCGCGGCCCAGGUCAUCAGGGACGAAUCCCGGCUGUACGGCGGCGAGGCGGCCGACGUGGCCCGGGGGGUGCAGUGGGCAUGCCGCCAGGCGGGCGAGCGUCCGGUGGUGGCGACGGGCAGCCUCUACAUGAUACGCGACCUGUACAGGACGCAAGGGGUGGAGCCGAGCCGAAAGAUCAAGACGAGGCGUCCAGGGAAUUCAAGCGGGCCCGACGACACUGCGUCGCCUCUGGUCCCCGACAAGAUCCGAGAGCUCCAGCGACGGGCCGCCCAUCACAAGACCCAGGCAGCCGGCUACCAGGAGGCGAUCCGGAGCAUCGCCAUCGCCUACACCAACAACGGCAACAACAAUAAUACCAAUGACAACAACAACAACGACAACAACGACAACGACAACAGCAACAACGACAACAACAACAACAGCAGCAACAGCAACAACAAGAAGAAGCAGCCGGCGGCGGGCGCGGACGAGGAGCGGACGAGGAGCGUGGAAGAAUACCAAAGACGGCGCGACGAGCACCUGCGGGCCUACAACCGCGCCAUGUACAGAAUCCGAGGCCGGAUACCCGACCCAGACAGGAAAUACAUCAGCCACCAAGAGAUAUUCGGCGUGCCGGAGAAGCCCGCGCGGCGAAUCUCGGCGCUGCUGCCACGAGAGGCGGAGGAGGCGGGCGACGCUCCUCCCGCGUCGCCGAGCCCAGCCGCCGCGGCCGAGCCGCCGCCAGAAGCCGGCGCUACCUGGUCACGCCGGGCCCGGCCACCGGCGCGGGGGCCCGCAGGCGACGAUGAGUUUUCCAAGGCGAUUAAAUGGCAGCGCCGGCAGUGA